AUGGCACUUCCUAUGAAAACAAAUAUGCCAAUAAUCUUCUCCUUAUCCAUUCUGAUACUAGUUCUUUCUUGUGAUGCUGGUGGAAUUUCAAUCUAUUGGGGUCAAAAUGCCAAUGAAGGAACUUUAUCAGAAACUUGUGCUACGGGUAACUAUGAAAUUGUGAACAUAGCUUUUCUUGCAACGUUUGGCAAUGGUCAACAGCCCACGAUAAACCUCGCAGGUCAUUGUGAUCCAAGUCUAGGGGAGUGUACAAAAUUAAGUUCGGACAUAAAAUCAUGCCAAUCAAAGGGAAUAAAAGUAAUCCUGUCAAUUGGAGGCGGCGCUGGAUUUUAUUACCUUUCCUCUGCUGACGAUGCGAGGGAAGUUGCCACUUAUCUUUGGAACAACUUCUUGGGGGGCCAAUCGAGCACUCGUCCUCUUGGCGAUGCUGUAUUGGAUGGAAUCGACUUUGACAUUGAAGGCGGAACAAAUCGAUAUUGGGAUGUCCUUGCCAAGUCACUUUCCACAUAUAGCAGUAUGGGUAAAAAGGUCUACUUGACAGCAGCCCCGCAAUGCCCAUACCCUGAUGCUUGGAUUGGAAAUGCCUUGAAAACAGGGCUUUUUGAUUACGUUUGGGUUCAAUUCUAUAACAAUCCUCCUUGUCAAUACAGUUCUGGUGAUAUUAACAAUCUUGAAUCUGCUUGGGAACAAUGGACUUCAGAUAUUCCGGCUAAAAAGAUUUUUCUUGGAUUACCAGCGGCUCCGGCAGCUGCUGGAAGCGGAUAUAUACCUGCUGGUGAUCUCACUUCUCAGGUUCUUCCUAAGAUAAAAAGCUCAGAUAAGUAUGGUGGUGUAAUGUUGUGGUCUAAAUAUUAUGAUGACCAGACUAAUUAUAGUUCUUCAAUCAAGAGUGAUGUCUGAAAUCCUGAGCCAUAUAUUAGUCUCCA